GAAGAAUCGAGCAAAGAAAAGUGUUGCAAGAAUUUCGUGUGUGUGUUUACUUUUUAAAUUUAAAGAACUGUCCGAAUAACGUUGUGCAUAUAUGUCCUCUAUAAGUGAACUUAGUGUUUAAAAACAUUUUAAUAACUAAACGCAAAGUUAGUACAAAUGUACAGCCUGAUGUACUUUGUACCAGGAGGAGAAAUCCACAAACACACACCUUUAUGAAUGAACAUUGACCGCUGCUGUAUCCUUUACAGAUUUUCAUAAACACGGGGAAAACAGCUAUUUGAAGACUUCGUUUUCUUGAUCAAUGGAAGAGCCACUGCCCCCUCGAGAGUCCGGUCAGUUUGUAUCCCAGCGAAGUCGUGAUGUGUUUGUGAAUGAAGAUGGAGCUAAACGCUUGGCACAGAUGAUCUACGAGCUCCGGCAGAGUGAAGACUUCACAGUCGGCGUCUGGAAGAAAAACAAUCCACUGGCACCUCCACCAGAUUCAGAUGAGGCUAUCAACUGGGUGUUUGUAACCGACACAAUGAACUUUUCCUUCUGGCCUGAUAAAGAAGAAGAACAAUGUGAGGUCAACUGCCGGGGAAGCACCUAUAGAGGUUACAUGUCCCUCUGUGCUGCUAUCACCCGGGCUAUGGAUGAAGGAGUGCCCAUCACAAGCCCCUCCUACUUUUCUCAAAUCACUGAGGCUGAAUUAGCGCACGUUCUGCGUUCAGACAGCGCUACCCCUAUGCCCAUGCUGAAAGAGCGUCACCGGGUGCUAACAGAGGCCGGACAAGUGCUCAUCGAUCAUGGUGGUUCCUUUCGGAAAUUCAUCAGUCGCUGCGAAAAUGAUGCUGAGAAGAUGGUGAAGUAUGUUGUGCAACACAUACCCUCAUACAGAGAUGAGGCCACAUAUGAGGGUAAGCGGAUCUCAUUUUACAAGAGGGCUCAGAUCCUUGUGGCGGAUUUCUGGGGCAUCAUGGAGGCCCGAGGGGAGGGCAACAUUCCUAACCUUGACUACCUAACCAUGUUUGCUGACUACAGAGUACCACAAGCCCUUGUCUAUCUUGGAGCUUUAUGCUACUCGGAUGGGCUUAUGGAGGCAUUGAAAAGUGGUGAAUUGUUGAGCUCAGGGGAAAGGCGAGAGGUGGAGAUAAGGGGUUGCUCUAUCUGGUGUGUGGAGAGAAUCCGGGAACAUCUGUGGAAUCUUGUGGAACAGAGAGAUGGGAAGAGCUGUCACAUCAACUCGGCUCUUAUUGACUUUUACCUGUGGCCGUAUGCUAAAAAACACCAUAAAGAAAUGGCACACAUACCAAUACAUCACACACGAUGCAUCUACUAUUGACAGCGUCCCUUAUUGUAUCCUGCUGUUUUUGUUUUGCUGUUUAUACUAAAUAAAGUUAUAAACAACUGGU